GUUUAUUUCACUAACGAACUUCAUAAGCGUUACCAAACAUAUGACCGACGAUGGCAGAUAAUCCGGCAGCGAUGACACCGACUCUGGUUCAACGACUCGAUUGACACAAAACUUCAGGAUGGAAUUUGCCAUCCAGAUACCUCCCGAGCUGUGAGGGAAGCUGUGCUACAAGUCGAGGAGAUCACCUUGCAGUGCUGCAAGCCCAGUGCAUCAACUUGCACACAGGCAGGGUUCUCCUAGUCGUGUUACACUUCCAGCAAAGUCAUAACAGUUUUGAGCAAGGUACUACAUCCUCGAUGGACGUCACAAAUCACCGGCGUAUGAUGCAAGCUUGUUCAGAAUGUAAGGAAGAAGUUGCCGUCUCGAGUCUCGACUGGGAACCAGACCUCACGUUGCAGUACUACGUGUCACUGAUUGUCACGAUGUACGUCGCUUAUAAAAUUGUGCUGAAGUGGGAACUUCAUCGGCGGAUGCAGAUGGAACUUUCCAAUUUCUGCCGUAAACACCUCGGAAGGAUACUUCGAUGAUCUUUCACGAAAAGCUUUUUGCCGAGGUUCGUUUAUAAAAGCGAUGAAGGAUUCGGCGACCCAGCUCAUCUUCGGAUCAGGGUUGUAGAGAAGAACAUCUAAUUGACAAGCACGUUCACAGUGGACCCUCGCAACGUCGAG